AUGAUUUGCGAUGGAUUUAUAACUUUCAUUAUUUGGAGAAAUUCCUUACUAAGACAUCGUUAUAUGGUCAUUUUAAUUCAGGUAUUUAAUGACGCUAUAUUGGGUUUUGCACAGUUUAUGGCUGGAGUAGGUCGUACAGUCAUUCUAAAUUCUGGUUCUGGUGAAAGUGAACUAAAAAGCACUAGAUAUUGUAUGCUUAUGCCAUGGAAUAUAGUAUAUGCAUGGACAACAGACGGGACUGCUGUAUGUUUUCGAUCAUUAUUGCUUUGCCUAUCGGUUGCUGCAUCUAUAGGCAGUGUGUUUAUGUAUGCAAUUGUCUACAUACUAUCCCGCAGACUUAUUCGCCGCUUAAAAAAUAAUCAAAGGACCAAAAACGCUAUAGCAGCGUUUGAAGAACGUCAACUUAAACUUUCCUUAACGACUGCUAUUUCAAAUGGAUUUACUCUAAUACUUUAUGUUUUUCCAUUAACAAUUAAAGCUUUGGCUCAAAAAUAUGCAAGUCAAGAGGCAUUUCAAGUUGUCAUAUGGUAUGCAGCGAUUAGUUGUAAUUUGAAUCCAUUAGCAAAUAUUGCUGCAGUUGUUGUGAGGCAAGAAGAUAUACAGUCGUUGGUUCGGAAAACCCUUUCAUGUAUUUAUAAACAGCCUAAAAUCACGCCUCAAACAAGAACGAUAACUAAGGUAAAGCCGAAAAUAUCACCUUAG